AACUUCAGAGUGAGAUACACACUCUGUGGAUUCACAAGAAGCGACUCUGCGCUAAACCAAUACAACCAAAACCUACGGGUCAAACUUAGGACCAAACUCGGACUAUAGCGACUUUUUCCACUUGGAUCAAAAUUGAGCGAAGUCUGAAAAUGCCAAUUUCCAGGAUGAGAAUGCGCCCGUGGCUGGAGCGAAUGAUCGAGUCCGACACCAUCCCCGGACUGCACUGGGUCGACAAGGACAAGACGAUGUUCUCCAUUCCCUGGAAGCACGCGGCGAGACACGGCUGGGAGCUGGACAAAGACGCGUCUCUUUUCAAAGAGUGGGCCAAACACACAGGUAAAUAUGUGGAGGGUCAGACGUGUGACCCCAAAACCUGGAAGGCAAACUUCCGCUGUGCCAUGAACUCUCUGCCCGACAUCGAAGAGGUCAAAGACAAAAGCGUCAACAAAGGACAUCAGGCCGUGCGCGUGUUCAGGCUGCUGCCGGUCAGCCCCAAGAGCAGAGACAAAAGAACCAGAACAGCUAAACGCAGGAGGAGCACCAAAGUGAAAUGUGAAGAAGACUCGAGCGACAGCGAGUGUGUCCCCUCCCCCCUGCACAGCGUCCAGCCCCUGACCACACAGGACUGUAGAGUGGACAGCACCAUGGACACAGACCCACAAGAAUCGACUCCGUUCAGUCAAGACGACAUUCCCCCGUGGUCGGCGAUUGUCGAGGUCGGGUUCAGCGAUUUGACACGGCGAUUUGAAGUUUCACCAAAUCACAGCCCAUACAACUGUCCAGACGAUGAUGAAAUCAUCGAGAUCUGCGAUCAGUUGGAGAGAGAGCGGCACCGGCUGUUAGGCGGACUAAGCACCCAUGGGUUCCUGACCAAUGAACCUCAUUGUACGAGUCCAGGGAGUCAGUACAGCGAAGCCUCCUCAGUCGACGAGUUUGAGGAGUCCCCACAGUACACCACACUCGAACCAGGCUUCUCAGACAUUUUCUACCCUUUCCAACUUCCGCUCUGAGGCCAAGUAAAGCUGCACUCUGGGACAUUUGUGUUUUUUGUUGGACUUUUUAAAGAAGAGCUUCGACCUCCACUCCACGGUUUGUUUCUGCAAAGCUGUGAUGACGAACUUCAGCGUCUAAGAAGUAAAAUAUCCGCUCAAACUUCCCGCGUGUGAACUGUAAUGGGUCUCGUACACUGGAAAUAGAACAUAUUAAUGACAUAAUCCGUAGCCUUUGUGUGUUCUAGCGAUGUCGUAAUGUUUUGGCUCAUUGUAAUCGUUCCAAUAAUCCGCCCGUUUCCGUUUCUAUCAGCACAUCAGCGGUUUUCAAAAAGGUACAAGUUUGAAAUAAAAGUGUUCAAACCCCCCGGGACUAAACCAACACCAACGCAACGAUGCUAGCGGAAAAACAAACGUGCACUUCUCAUACGGCGGAACUUAAGCUAGGCUAAAAACGAGCCCUGUCCCCGGAGGAGGGGAAGUCGUACCACGGACGGAGCGCCCCCUGCAGUUUGAAAACCGCUGGUGUCUGAUCUUUGUUGAAAAGCUCUCGUGUCGCACCUUUAAGUGUCCACAGCCUGUACACUGACUUGUAAAUUGUGUAAAUAAUAGUUUAUUUGUACUGAAUAAAUGUGUUUUUGAA